CUACUUCCCGCCUGUGUGUGUAUCAGGCAGUGUGUGCAUCAUGUGGUGGCUGACAAACUAAUCUCAAGACAAGUUUAGGUCGUAAAGAAUAAUUUUUUUAGAGGAAAAAAUAGGAAAUGAUGAUAUGGAGAGAAAGGAAAACGUAAGAGAAAACAUGAAGUUGGUGUAGAGUGAGUGAGCUGUCACCACUCUGAGAAGUUCUGCCUGUUCAGUGUACGUACAUAGGUUCGUGUGUUUACAUCACUAUCGCGGAUCUCGUCACCACUAACCCUAACCCUCCGCUGCGUCGCCCAGUGAGCACCACCGGGGAGGCCAAUGCGGAACCAGCAUGGAUAUCAGUAAAGUCAGGCCCAGACACUCCACCAUGGGAAGUGAGUGCGCGGGCCGUGGUGCUGGUGGGUGGCUUUGGCUCAGAAGAAGACGGACGUGGGUAGGUGUGGUGGGCGUGACUUGCACCUGUGUCUUCGUGUUCCUGACGGCGUUCCAUGAUUCAAGGGUGUCCCGCGUGUGUGACUGUGGCCAUCAGGUGAAAACGGAAGAGAGAGUGGCGAAAUAUUUGCCCAGCCUUAUGGACGAGAUCGAUCCUACUACUAACAGAACAACGCAGCAGGAGGUGGAGGCUACCCACCCCUCUCUGGCGCUGGCCUUCCUGGUGGGGCAGGAGCGGCGCGGGUCUCGCUGCCACAACACCCCCGGAGUCUUCAGCGUGCGUCACAACAACGGGCUGUGGCAGGAGGCCGUGAUUGGUGGUGUAACAUUCCUGCUUUACGCCGCCUACUACGACUCCAGGGACGAGGGAGAGGGGCCCACCGUGAGGAUACUGGUGAUGGCAGACUCCACCAGCCCACCUACCCCCGUGUGUCACCUGUGGUAUGAGAACGACCUCGCACCCACGGCCUCGAGUACAGUGCGGAUAGAUUAUGUGCAUUGGCAAGACAGGGUGAGCGGCGCCUGGCUGCCAUACUUAGUGACCUGUCGCAUUGGAAAGGGUGUCCACAUGCCGAAGGUAGCGGCUCUCGUCGGGUACUCGUGCGGUCCCACCACCAACGCCCUAAGGAUUUUGAACCAGGAGCAGCCACAAGUCAAGAAGGAUUUAGCGCUGUGUCACAAGUUCCUCUUUGACCCAACCCGUGACUAUUCCCGGAGACUAGUGGAGUGGCUGGAGGCUGCCAGAGCUUGGGGUGUGGACGAAGUGACCUUUUACGAGGCUUCAGUUCACCACAACGUGCGAGCGGUUCUGCAACAUUACCAGCAGGAAGGCUUCGUGCAGGUGUAUACUUGGCGCAGCCCCGGAGACCAACCUUCACUAGGCCAUCUGUACCGCGCCCUGUACGACACCCAACGAUUUACGCUCUUCACCACGGAGAACAUCCCCUACACGGACUGUCUGCUGCGACACCUGGCCACGCAUCGCUACGUGGCGGUGUGGGACAUGGAUGAAUUCAUCGUGCCCGCUACCGAGUCCUCACUGCCCGCUAUGCUGGAUGCCGCCCGCGCCCGCGCCACGGAACAGGGCCUCAAACCCACCUCCUAUCUGGCUCGCUGCAGUUAUUAUUUUAACGACCAGGUGGAAGAGGCGACAUCUGACCUCCCAGAGUACUUGCACCUAAUGCGUCACGUGACCCGAACCGUCAAGGUAACACCGCCGCGAAUAUUCACCAAAUCUGUGCAUGACACUUCCCGUGCGCUAGGUCUUCAUGCCCACUUUGCCCUCCUCACCCUCGGGGGAGACAUAGACCGAGACCGAGAUCUAUACCACUUGUACCCGGCCACAGAGGGGCAUCUGGCGCACUACCGUGCUACCUGUCAGGGAGAGGAUCAGCAAGAAUGUCAAGAACUGUAUCGCCCCUACCUAACCCGCGACACUGCCAUGUGGAGGCACCGGCCAGCCGUCACCUCUAGGACUAAGGCAGUGUUGCAGAUCCUCGGCCUGCUUCCCUGAGCCUCUCCACCAUAAACUUACUAACCAUUGUCCAUUAUCAUCAUUCCUAAAGAAAAAGACAUCUCCUUUCCUCAACAAUCCAACUGCUCUCACCACACCUAAAAGCCUCCCACCCCUGAACUGAUUCACUAGCCUCGUAACAGCAGGUGAAAGGUGGAGAGGGCAUUCUGGCAGACGAAAAUAAUCCAGAGUGUUAGAGACUACAGAGAGAUUAAAAAAAAACUUGACUGCAUUCCUGAGACAACCAGAAAUUCAGUGAAAGAUGACUGUAGUCUAAGUUUAGGUUGGGGAUGAACAUCAGACUUCAAGAUGGAACUCAUGGAUCGACGGGAAGAUGAUUAGAAAAAGAUGAAGGAAUCGAAGCAGAAAGAAGCCUUUGAGACUGACUGAGCAUUCGUAGAUCCUUAUCGUUACCUCCCCACAUCACAUGUUGCAACGUCCUCGUAUUAGGAGCUGAUGUUGAGGGUGAGUAAGACGGCAUAGGCGCCCUAUGUUAAUAUUUCUCAUUUCAUCCCUUGGCUUCGCGAUAACGCCCACACCCAUGAUUCGUGCUCCAGUGGAUUUGAGAGAGAGAGAGAGAGAGAGAGAGAGAGAGAGAGAGAGAGAGAGAGAGAGAGACUAUUGCAUCAUAACGUUGCCUCAUCACCAUUACCUUCUGAAGUCAUGACAGAGUAAGAAAUAAAAAAAUCCUUCCCGAAACAGAUAUCGAGACGUGAAUUCCGGAUAUUUCAUUGAAAAUCCAGACGUAUGGCAAGCCUAUCCUAUUACUGAGUCUCUUCCACUCUAUUGGAGAAGAAACUUUUCUGUUCUUUUUUCCUAUCAGACCAUUAUGCUACAUGCAAAACAAAGUAUAAGAUUCAUAAAAAGAUGGAAAGCGAGAACUGAUACCACGUGCUUGGAAUAAACACUGCUCGAUAGUUGUCUAUGCGGUAAACCUCAUCACAUAUCACAGAAGUAGCUUUUUGAAAGUAAUAGAACACUAGCAGGAGAUACUGGUAUGAAUGAGUGUUAUGGAAGAAGGCUAUACAGGUGUCAUAAAGGCCACUGAGAGAUGAAGAGAGAAUGAGAGCAGAACAGACGGGGAGGAUGUUGACUGCUGAGCAUAGGAUGGCUGGAUACACAAUAUGACAUUGACACUAACUUGACGUUGUUGCAGUUUUGUUGCCAUUGACUGGUGUCUCUUCUACAUACGUUAAACAAAUAAAUAAAUAAAUAAAUGAAUAAAUAAACAAAUAAUGAAUAAUAGUAGUAAAUGAAUAGAUGAACUGAAUGAGUCACUGAUCAUAAAAACGAUGGGCAUUGCUUCACUGAAAUAACAGAUUUGCUGCAGGAGAAACAAGCUCCGUGGCGAGACAAAAUGCUGUGAUUCAUCAUAAUUCUUUGCAGUAGCAUCAGGAAUAUUUUUGGCAGCACUAAUGGUGUACAUUUAAGGUUCAAGUGCUUUUGCGAGGGACAAGUUCAAGUUUUUUUUUUUUUUAUCGUAUCAAAUGCCUCUUGAGAAGAUUCAAGGAUUUUUCAGCACGACAGCGGUAACACUACACACCGAGGGGAAAUAAAUAAAUGAAUAAAUAAAAAGGAUUUGAAGUAAGAGGAUAACAUUAUAUAUAGAUAAAAUAAACUGGCAGGCAGGCUUUCUUUUUUAUUAGCAUAACCACUUUGCUUCUGUCGCAUUUUUUUUUCUUAGAGAAGAUUAAUUUUUCCUCGGUCACGGUUCCAACUGUCAUUAGAGCAAGGUCAGGGGUAUUUGGUACAAGCUCGAGUCUUUGGUCUUGGUUUGGAAAUCUUUGGGCCAAGUUCAUUGGAGUUUUUGGGCAAAUUCAGUGGUUCAGUUCUCUUUAGGUCAGGCUGAGGGAUCUUUGGUGGGGGGGAGCAGGUACAGAGAUUCUUAGCAUUGUAAAGUCUGAGUCAAGGUAAAGCAUUGAAGGAAAGUUUGAGUAGUGCGAUUAUGUGCUUUAUACGGCCACAUUCAUAAACGUCUUGCUCUCUCAACACGAGAAUUUUUCAAGCCCCUUAGACGACUAACCGGGUUUUCAAGACAGUUUCUCCUUAUGAUCAACUAGAAACCUUGCUAAUCCAUCACCAAACCAUAAAAAUAACCUUAAAAACACGAGUAUCUUCAACUAGAGCCAUUGGAAAUAAACGUCGUGAGAGGGCAAAACGUUUCUGAAUCUGGGUGUUAGUUAGGUGUAGUGGGAGUAAUAUGAAUGGCCUUUAUGCAUUUUUGUGAUAUUGAUAUUGUUAACCUUAACGAUGUAAAUGAGUGAUGCGUUUAAUCCCUUCAGCACCAGGACGUAUUUUCAUAUUUACUCUGCUUAAUAUUUGGUGAUUUUAUACUUCAGAAACUUAAUGUUGGGAUUGAAAUAUUGUAGACUCUGGCCAUUAAUCUUCUGACCUCCAUAGACCCUUCCUAAUGUCAAUAAAAUCAUCUAAUCACACCCAAAACUCAAGGUAAAAAUGCGUCCCAGUACUGAAGGGGUUAAAAGGCAUGAGUGUUUUUGCUGUCUUAUCCUCGUAAGUAUGCAUGUCAGUGUUGUGCUAUUGGAAUGUGUUCCCUGUACGUUGUAGCACUUUGUUGAUAGAGAUGCAAGCCUUAAUUGUAAUGUAAUUGUUCACACUACGAUGUUGCUAAGUGCGUGACGUAAUAUUUUACAUAAUAAAUGUCACGUUUGUAUAUAAAA